AUGCAGAGCUAUGUGAACGUCCACGAUGUUCUAGAGGCUCGCCGGCAGCAGGCUCUGACCGAGCAGCGGCGCGGACCCACGACCGUGAUCGUUGGGCCCACCGACGCCGGGAAGAGCACGCUGUGCAAGAUCCUGAUCAACUAUGCCAUCCGGUGCCGCUGGACUCCAGCGCUGGUCGACCUGGACAUAGGUCAAGGCAGCAUCACAGUCCCAGGCUGCAUCGCUGCAACCUCCGUGGAGGCGCCCAUCGACGUAGAGGAGGGCUUCCCCGUGGAUGCCCCGCUGGUCUACUAUGCAGGAACGGUGGCCGGCGGAGAAAACAUGGCCCUGUAUCAGCAUCUCGUGGAACGGGUGGCUGAUGCCCUGGAGCGAAGAGCUGGGACGGAUGCCAAGGUCGCUGCCUCCGGCAUGAUGGUCAACACCAUGGGCUGGAUAGAGGGCGAUGGCUACAGCCUGUUGCGACACACCAUUGCAUCCCUGGCGGCCGAUGUUGUGCUUGUGGUGGGCAGCGAUCGCCUGCACUCCCAGCUCUCUUCUGACCUGGCCACCAGCUCGCCAGCCAUUUCGGUAGUGAAGCUUGCCAAGUCGGGCGGGGUGGUGACGCGGACGCGCGAGCUCCGCCAGGAAGCGCGCAAGGUCCGGGUGGAGGAGUACUUUUACGGGCCCACCCGCUCUCUGGCCCCCGCGUCCCAGACGCUGAAGCUGGAGGGGGUGGAGGUGUACCGGGUGGGCGGCGGCCCCAAGGCCCCACCCUCCGCCCUGCCCAUCGGCGCGACCUCCGUGGCCGACCCCCUGAAGCUGGCGCGGGUGACCAACCCCCAGGAGCUGCUGUACACGGUGCUGGGGGUGAGCCAUGCACCCACCCCGGACCUCCUCCUCUCCGCCUCCGUGGCGGGGUUUGUGUAUGUCCAGGAUGUGGACCUGGCCAAGGGCAGCAUGAGCGUCCUGGCACCGCGGCCGGGGCCCCUGCCCGGCUCGCUGCUGCUGGCCGGGAACUUCAAGGUGUACCUGGACUGA